UCAAUACACAUUCAGUGUCUGAAAUUUUUGUUGCUGUUUUUAGAAUAGUGGAGUAGUACAAUAACGUGCGUUUCUUUGUUUCCUUUGUAUGGAGACUAGGUGUUAAUCGACUGUUACGUGACCAGUGUUCUUGAUGGUUUCGGGUGACGAUUCAAAUGGUCGUUUAUCGCGUAAAACAACUAGGUCCCCGAACCGAAAGUCGAAGAAGGCUGAUGCGGACCUAGCGAAGGGGUCUGCGUUGCGAAAUGACCCGCCGCCUUCUGUUCACAAGAGGAACCUUUACGUUGUUUCUUUCCCCAUUAUUAUACUUUUUAAUAUUCUAAGAUCGUUGCUGUAUCAGUUAUUUAUAGUGUUUAAGUAUUUGUAUUCGGCUUCCCAUCGUUUUAUGCGUAAACCGUGUAAGAAUGGUGAAUAUAACCUAGAGGUGGUAGUGAAAGACGGAGCGGUGUCCACGGAGAUCGCGGGCGAGAUGGCGUACAGCCACAAUGUGGGGCCGGGGGAUCCGCUGCUGGCAAAACAGAAACAUCACCAUCGGAAAGCUUUUGAGUACAUAUCAAAAGCUUUGAAGAUUGAUGAGGAGAAUGAGGGUCAAAAAGAGCUGGCAAUAGAACUGUACAAGAAGGGCAUUUAUGAACUGGAGCGUGGCAUAGCCGUGGACUGCUGGGGCGGCCGCGGCGACGCCUGGCAGCGCGCGCAGCGGCUGCAUGACAAGAUGAAGACCAAUCUCGGGAUGGCCAAGGACCGGCUGCACUUCCUUGCGAACCUAGUCGCGCUCAGUCAGUUGGGCGUCGAAGAAAGGACCGAGAAAGACAAAAAACCGGAGUCCCCUGUUAAGAGGAGGCCUCUAGAAAAGGCUAAGACGACGUUGCUCGCCCAUACUGAAAGUAACAGUGGUCAAACGAAGGCAACGAGUGAAGUGGCAGGCCGUAAGCUGACAACAGGCGGGCGGCGGCUGCCCAGCGGCUCCGGGCCUCUAAUGAAGUCCCAGACAUUACCACGAUCCAUGGGACGGUCGUCGUCUCAACCUAACAGCUCAACAUACAACCGGUAUCCGGUGAAACCUGCCUCAACACCGCCUGCAGUGAAGCGGCAGUUAUCGAGCGCGUAUCAGGUGCCAGUCAACGGAUCCCCAGUACGGCGCGCCGUGGGAUCCAACCGGGGGACGCCAACUAGGAGCCGGACGCCGCAGCAGACGCUCACGGUCCGGGGCGUGGAUCCGAAGCUGGUGCAGCUGAUACUGGACGAGAUCGUGGAGGGAGGGCCGAAGGUGCAGUGGGAUGACAUCGCUGGGCAGGAGGCAGCAAAGCAAGCGCUCCAAGAAAUGGUAGUGUUGCCUUCUCUAAGGCCCGAACUGUUCACGGGCCUGCGGUCGCCAGCCAAAGGGUUGCUGCUGUUCGGACCUCCGGGGAACGGUAAAACCCUCCUCGCCCGAUGCGUGGCCGCAGAAUGCUCAGCCACAUUCUUCUCUAUAUCAGCCGCCACUCUCACCAGCAAGUAUGUCGGCGAUGGGGAGAAAAUGGUGCGCGCGCUGUUUCAAGUGGCCAGGGAACUGCAGCCUUCAAUAAUAUUCGUGGACGAGGUAGACUCGCUCCUCUGCGAGCGGUCAUCGAGUGAGCACGAAGCCUCGCGACGGCUCAAGACCGAGUUCCUCGUGGAGUUCGACGGUCUGCCAGCCGCGGGGGCCGACCGGCUCAUUGUCAUGGCGGCUACUAAUAGACCGCAUGAACUAGAUGAGGCUGCGCUCAGACGCUUCCCCAAGCGAGUGUACGUGUCGCUCCCCGACGUGCGGACCCGCUCGCAGCUGCUGCGCGGCGUGCUGGCGCGCGGCGCGGCGGCGGCGGCGCUGGCGCCCGGCGAGCUGGCGCGGCUGGCGGCGCUCACCGACGGCUACUCCGGCAGCGACCUCACUGCGCUGUGUCGGGACGCCGCGCUGCAGCCUAUAAGAGAACUUGACCCCGAAGAGGUAAAGUGUUUGGACCUGUCGCUAGUGCGGCCGAUCACGUUCCAGGACUUCAUGGACGCGCUGAAACGGAUCCGUCCGUCCGUGUCGCCGCACAGCCUAGUCGGGUACGAGAAGUGGUCCGUGCAAUAUGGGGAUCUCGGGCUAUGAACCAAUACAGG